AUGAUAUCCAGAGGCGUUAAGUACCAACGGUUGGAUGAUUUGGAUGUGGGGGAGUCAAGCCGGGACUUGGUGGCUGUUAGAGUGCCCAUCAAUGGCAUGACAUGCCAGUCUUGUGUGAAAAAUAUCGAAGGUUCUGUGAGAGAGUUGCCUGGUAUCCAUCAGACUAAGGUGGAGCUCUCAGAAAACGCCGGCUACUUCAGAUAUGAUCCGCACGUCAUCUCAGUGGAGGCCAUCCGGUCUCAUAUAUACGACAUGGGAUUCGAAGUGCCGAUUGACAACUCUGACCACGAGACCAGACAACUAUUGCCAAAGGAAAUACCAACAGACCUGCUGAUCGACAUGUCGGGGACGGGCGAGAUGGAGGAAGUGGAGGUCCUCCUCUCUGUUAUAGGAAUGACCUGCCAGUCUUGUGUCAACACCAUUGAAGGAACGGUAAAAGAAAUGAAUGGUGUAAGUGAAGUGCACGUGAGCCUUUCGGAGGCGACGGCGCGUGUGCGGUGUCGUCGCGGAGUCGUCACGCCCUCACAGCUCAGUGACGCCAUCUACGAGUUGGGCUUCGACCCCACUGUUCUCACUGUGGACGGCGAGAGGUGGCACGAAAAUUCCCCAAACAGUAAGAGUGAGGAGGGAUCAGGGGACGGUGCAAAACCACCUUCUCCAGUCAAGAGUAGAACACAAGCAAAUGGUACAGCAUCACCGCCACCAGAGAGCGAAAUAUCCAGAUGCACCUUAGAAGUUCGGGGCAUGACGUGUGCGUCCUGUGUAGCCGCCAUUGAAAAGCAUUGUGCCAAAUUAUACGGUGUUCAUUCAAUCCUCGUUGCCCUCCUGGCAGCGAAAGCCGAAGUGCGAUACGAACCCAAAAAGAUCUCAGCUCAAGAUGUAGCACACUCCAUCACGGAGCUAGGAUUCCCAUCGUCCGUUAUCAGCGAUUGUGAUGGGAGUGGACAGAAAGAAGUUAUAGUCAUGAUCAAAGGAAUGACGUGUGCUUCCUGCGUCAGCAAAAUUGAGAAGAGUGUACUUAAACUCACAGGAGUGGUGUCCUGUACCGUCGCUCUAACAACUUGCAAGGGCAAAAUAAAAUACAAUGCCGAGCAGAUAGGUCCUCGAACUAUUUGCGAGACUAUCGAUAAUCUUGGGUUCGAGUCUAGCGUAGUUACACCGCACAACAGAGGACAGACCAACUAUUUAGAACAUAAAGAAGAAAUAAGAAAAUGGCGUAACGCGUUCCUAGUAUCUCUAAUCUUCGGCGGUCCGUGUAUGGUGGCCAUGGCGUACUUCAUGUCGGCCAUGUCCACCUCCCACAGCGCCGCCGACAUGUGCUGCGUGGUGCCCGGCCUCAGCCUCGAGAACCUGCUCAUGUGGGUGCUGGCCACGCCCGUACAGUUCAUCGGUGGUUGGCACUUCUACAAGCAAGCGUACAAGGCACUGAGCCACGGGACGUCUAACAUGGACGUGCUCAUUAGUAUGACCACCACCAUCAGUUAUGGGUACUCUCUGGCGGUGGUGAUAGCAGCGAUGGCGAUGCAACAGACGACCAGUCCUGUGACCUUCUUCGACACACCCCCCAUGCUACUUGUCUUCGUCUCACUGGGACGGUGGCUCGAGCAUAUUGCUAAGGGUAAAACAUCAGAGGCAUUAUCGAAGCUGCUGUCCCUGAAACCGACAGAGGCGCUUCUGGUGACCCUGGACGAGAAUGGACAGACGACCAGCGAAAAGAGCAUUCCAGUGGAUCUUGUCGAAAGGGGGGAUAUGUUGAAGGUAGUUCCUGGAGCUAAAAUUCCCGUAGACGGCAAAGUUGUCUACGGUCAAAGUACAUGUGAUGAAUCUCUUAUCACCGGUGAAUCAAUGCCGGUGGCCAAAAAGAAGGAGAGCGCGGUGAUCGGCGGGUCCAUCAACCAGCACGGCGCGCUGGUGGUGCGCGCCACGCACACGGGCGAGGCCAGCACGCUGGCGCAGAUCGUGCGCCUCGUCGAGGACGCGCAGGCCAGCAAGGCGCCCGUGCAGCGCCUCGCCGACACCAUCGCGGGAUAUUUCGUUCCACUAGUAGUCUUCCUGUCUCUUCUAACUCUCAUCUGCUGGAUCAUAAGCGGAGCUCUGGAUAUUAACAGAAUUAAGGCAAUCACACCAGCUAUGUACCUGAAUGCCGGCUACUCCGACUGGGAGCUGAUCAUCCAAACAGCCUUCCACUUCGCCCUGUCAGUUCUUGCGAUCGCCUGUCCGUGUGCCCUGGGUCUCGCCACCCCCACGGCGGUAAUGGUGGCUACGGGGGUCGGAGCCAACAUGGGGCUGCUGAUUAAGGGUGCGGAACCUUUAGAAAAUGCUCAUAAGGUAAAGACAGUGAUCUUUGACAAGACGGGCACCAUCACCCGCGGCAGCGCAACUGUUGCCAAACUAUCGCUCAUCACUCCGUCGGCCAGCUCGCUGUACGACGUGCUCUCCUGUCUGCUCACUGCUGAACUCAACUCUGAACAUCCUGUCGCUUCUGCCAUAGUGCGGUGGUGCAGCGCGGCGCUGGGCGGCAGCGGCGGGUCGCGCUGCGUGUCGUUCGUGGCGGCGCCGGGCUGCGGCCUGCGCGCGCGCAUCAGCCCCGCGCCGCCGCCCUCGCCCGCGCUCGCGCACCACCUCGCCAACGUGCUCAACCAGGCCAGGAGUGGCAGUUCGACACUGCUAGAAGGAGUCCCACUGCACGUGUUAGCAGCACCAGCCCAUACAGCACACACAGCGCAGCAGCUGCAAGACCUCAUCGGACCUGACGAGCCCGAUAGACGACAGGAGACAGAACAGGUAGUGCUAAUCGGUAAUAGAGAAUGGAUGUCCCGCAACGGAGUAGCUGUACCUCGACAAGUGCAGGAAGCUAUGCAGCAAGACGAGGAGUUGGGAAGAACCGCCAUACUGGCCGCCAUCAAUGACCAGCUAGUAUGCACAAUCGGAGUGGCAGACGAAGUGAAACCAGAGGCUCACUUAGCUGUUUACUGUUUAAAGAAGAUGGGUCUCCAAGUGUGUUUGUUAACAGGAGAUAAUAGAAAGACAGCCGUAGCUAUUGCUAGACAGGUGGGCAUCAACAAGGUGUACGCGGAGGUGCUGCCCUCGCACAAGGUGGCGCAGAUCCAGAAGCUGCAGGCGGCGGGGCAGCGCGUGGCCAUGGUGGGCGACGGCGUCAACGACUCGCCCGCGCUCGCGCGCGCCGACGUCGGCAUCGCCAUCGCCAGCGGCACCGACGUCGCAGUCGAGGCCGCGGACCUCGUGCUCAUGAGGAACGACCUGCUGGACGUGGUGGCGUGCCUGGAGCUGUCGCGCAGCACGGUGCGGCGCGUGCGGCUGAACUUCGUGUUCGCGAGCGUCUACAACCUGCUCGGCAUCCCCCUCGCCAGCGGCGCGCUCGCCAUGUACGGCCUGCAGCUGCAGCCCUGGAUGGCGUCAGCUGCGAUGGCGAUGAGUUCAGUAUCAGUAGUGUGCUCCAGUUUAUUGCUUAAAACUUUCAAGAAGCCCUCAGUGGAACAGCUGAGGACGCCAGAGUAUCUCCAAUCUAUUCACCUGGAAGACUUAGACUCGGUGUCGGUCCACAGGGGUCUGGACGAACGGAUAGACCCCAGUGAACGGGGGGCUUCGCCACUCGCUAAAUUGUUCUACCGCAACAAGCCAGCCGAGGGUUGUCUUCUACAAGAAGACGACGACUUAAUGACUGUCUCAUUUAUACCUAAACGUCGACAGGAAACCGUCAGUUAA